AUGGUCCUUGCAUGGAUCCAUAGAUCAAUUUCUGAGAAUAUAGCACAGUCCAUUCUCUGGAUCGAUCGGGCUUAUGAUGUAUGGAACGAUUUGAGAGAUCGUUUCUCUCAAUCGGACAUAUUUCGCGUUUCGGAUAUACAGGAGGACUUGUACAAGUUACAGCAGGGAGAAAGGAGUGUCAGUGAGUACUACACUCAACUGAAGACACUUUGGGAUGAGCUUGAGAACCUCAAGCCAUUGCCUCUAUGCAGAUCGCAAAUCAUGUUGCUUGAUCCUCUUCCCAAUGUGAAUAGAGUGUUCUCUAUGGUGAUACAGCAAGAAAGACAUUUACAAUCUGAUUUGCCUACUGAAGCAAUCACUAAUGCAGGUGUAUUUGUUAAUUUGGCUAAUCAGCACAAUUUUCAAAGAGGAGGAAAUUCUUAUGGCAGAGGGCGUGGACGCUCAAAUAGCUACGGCAGAGGAUAUAUGCAUGGAGGAAAGUUAUGUACUUAUUGUGGCCGUACCAAUCACACCGUGGAGACCUGUUUCCAGAAACAUGGUUUUCCACCAGGUUUUCGUGGCAGAGGCAAUUCCUCAGCAAACAAUGUUGAAACCAGUUAUCAGAUUUUGAAUCGUGAAGCUCCUCCUCAAGCUUCAGAAAACCAGUUUCCUUUCUCUCAAGAGCAGUGCCAACAACUCAUGCUUUUGUUGCAGUCAUAG